AUGAAUUCCAAGAACAAUGUGACACAGGUUCAUUACACAUCAUUACUUUUGAUAGAACUUCAAAACAUUGAGGAAACCCAAAGAAUGCUCUAGGAUUCCAAAUAUAGAGUUACUUCAUUGGAAAAUAAAAUAGCUCUAUUAACCAAUUACACCAAUAAGUUUGCACAGAUUAUCGAUGAAAAGUAAGCUAUUCUAGAAGUGACUGAAAAUACCGUUUCUGAAUUGGUCCAAAUUCGAGAAAACGAAGUUGCCAUGUUCGAAAGAAGGAGAAGCGAAAUAACCAUGUCCAGCGGCAUCGUUCGCAGAUCCAAAGGAUUGAUUGGGUAAUUGAUACCCAAAAUGCCAGAUCUUGCACCUUAAACCAAAUUUGCUAAGCAGGACAAUGAAUUAGAGGUUAGUUACGAGGACAUACGAUAAGAAUUCGUAUAGGUACGAUCAUAGGCUAAGGAGUAAUUGGGAGAAUAAAAUCCCUUUAGUUAAAUCAUUGAGUCAUUCGCCCAAAUUCCAGAAUAGACUGGAAAUCUAGAACAUGUCACUUAUGUUAUUGACAUGCUUGCAAAUAUGGAACAAAACUUAGCAGACACUAACAUCGUUCUCUUUAAUGCUGAAUAAUAACGAAUAGAAUUGCAUGAACGCUUGUUGGAACAUAUUGAUGAAAAGACUGAGAAAUUAAACGAACAGAUUUCAGAAUUAGGAUAGAUGAUCGCAGAUAUGGAAUAAUAGAUUCAAGAUCAUUAAGCAGAAAUAUAAGCUGAAUUAGAAAAUCAAGAGAAUAUUCAUUAAAUCUAUGAAGAAUACAUUGAUGCACAUGAAUCAACUUUGCAUACACAUGACGAGGACAUUAAAAAUAACAUCUUACUCAUUAAAAUGAUUAGAACUCUCAAAACUGACUUUAUGAAUGAUUUCGAAGCAAGUUCAAGAUAUAUUUUGACUCCCCGUUUUCAUUUUUAAAAUUUAUCCAGUUUAUGA